AUGUCUGCGAAAUGCCCUGCCCUCGCAGAUCCAGCACACACUGAGUGGUCAUUGUGCCCUUCAACCCCAGCUGCAAUUCUCUUCACCGUCCUGUUCGCUCUCACCACUGUUGUACAUCUCUCGCAAGCUAUAUACUACAAGAAAAUAUACUGUUGGGUGAUAGUUGGCUCCGCAUUCGCCCAAACAAUCAACUACAUCUGCCGAAUCAUCAGCAUCAAACACCCCAACACCCUCAGUCCUUAUGCAGCUUGGUUUGUGAUAAUUCUGGCAAGUACUGAUUAUGCCAUGUGCUCAGCCAAUCCAAUGGCUAACUCCACUCAGAUAGCUCCGCUCUUUACAAAUGCUUUCGUUUAUAUGGUGAUGGGAAGGAUGGUCUGGAAUUAUAUCCCAAAUGCAAAGCUUUACAGAGUCACUGCAUGGAGAUUUUCUACCUAUUUUGUGGUUUUCGAUAUCUUCGCUCUCCUGAUUCAGGUUAUUGGAGCAUCUUCGAGCGGUGCUAGUAGACAGGCAAAUCAAAAAGUGCUCAACGCAAUUCACAUUUACAUGGGUGGCAUUGCAGUCCAACAAUUCUUCAUUGUGGUAUUUUUCUUCUUCGCCAUCAAGUUUCACCGCAUUAUCCUCGAACAAGUUCGACAAGGCGUUCACGGAGUGUCAAGUGUUUUGCCAUUAUUGUAUGCGGUGUACGCAGUACUACUACUCAUUACGACGAGAAUUAUCUUUCGUCUCAUCGAGUACUCCCACGGGUUUAAAAGCAACAUUCCAGAUCAUGAGGCCUACCAAUACGCUCUAGACUCUGUCCCUAUGCUAUUUGCUCUUGUCAUACUCAAUUUCAUCCACCCAGGUCGCAUCAUGCCAGGGAAAGAAAGUGACCUCCCUAGUCGAAAAGAGAGAAGAGCGGAGGGACUUUUAUAA